UCGGCCCUGCGUGCGUCCGUCCCCCACCGCGCCGCGCGGCUGCCCGUCCGCCCCGAGCCGGAGUCUGCGGCCGGGUUCCCCGACGGAACGGCCGGCGCGGCUGAGGCACCAUCCGCGCGGGUGGCUCCGAAAGACCCAGGGCCCCGCAGCCCUUCUAGGGAAACCGAGGCUGCUGGAAACUGGGCUGCUGUGCGUCAGGGCGCAGACGGCUCUGCCCCGAGAACGGCAGGGAGGGGGGCGCGAGGAACGGCGCGGGGUCUCUCCUUUCGCCUAGAAGGGCUGAGGCCGUGUCGGGGAGCCGGGGCUGGCUUGUGUGACCUAGGCCACUGGCGGCUGGCCUGCCUGUGCCUAGGCAGCCUCAUCUGGGGGAGAACUCUGCCCCCCUACCCGGCCCAGGACAGAAGAGCCAGGCGCUAAGCCGUGGGAGACUGUGGACCUCAGAGCCCUGACCCGGGAAGGAAAGUAGAGGGCCUGAGCCACGGUGAUGCUGAAGAUAACUUUCUUCCAAGGCCUUCCAGGCCAGCAACCAGGGGCCCUUGACUUCCCCAGAAGCCCCCAGAAGUUGCCCUCCACGUCAGAGGGAGACUCAGAGGCCUCCAUGUCGGGGGCCUCCUCUGAGGACCUGGUACUGCCCCUGGAAGCCAGGGUAGCCCCAGACAGGGAAGAGGAAGGGACUUCGAAGAAGAAGGAGAGGAAGAAGCCAAAAGGACUGGCCAGCAUGUUCAGCGUCUUCACCAAAGGGAAGAAGAAGAGCCAGCCCAGCGCAGCAGAGCCAGAGGGCGAGCCCCAGGCCCGCCUGGAUCCGGACGGUCAGCUGCCCACAGUGGAGGAGCUCAAGGCCGACCUGGAGCGCGGGCGGCUGGAGGCAGCGCGGCCGCUGCUGGCGCUGGAGCGGGAGCUGCAGGCGGCGGCGGCGGCGGGCGGCGCGAGCGCCGAGGAGCUCGUGCGGCGCCAGAGCAAAGUGGAGGCGCUGUACGCGCUGCUGCGCGACCAGGUGCUCGGCCUGCUGCGGCGGCCGCUGGACGCGGCGCCCGAGCGGCUGCACCAGGCCCUGGCCGUGCUGGCCGAGCAGGAGCGCGAGGACCGCCAGGCGCCGGCCGGCGUCCCCGCGGCCUCGGCGCUGGCGUCCCCGCGGCCGCGGCGCUGGCUGCAGCUGUGGCGGCGCGGCGUGGAGCAGGCGGCGGAGGAGCGGCUGGGCCGGCGGCCGGCCGCGGACGCCGACGCCGACGGCCGCUCGGAGGCCGAGCGUGUCUUCCUGCACAUGGGUCGCACGAUGAAGGAGGACCUGGAGGCCGUGGUGGAGCGGCUGAAACCGCUGUUCCCCGCCGAGUUCGACGUGGUGGCCGCCUACGCCGAGAGCUACCACGAGUACUUCGCGGCCCAGCUGGCGGCCGUGGCGCAGUUCGAGCUGUGCGAGCGCGACACCUACGUGCUGCUGGUCUGGGUGCAGAACCUCUACCCCAAUGACAUCAUCAACAGCCCCAAGCUGGCAGGUGACCUGCAGAGACUCGGGCUCAGGAGCCUCCUGCCCCCCAGGCAGGUCCGGCUGCUGGAGUCCACGUUCCUGUCCAACGAGGCGGCCAGCGUGAGGGAGCUGAUGGCCCGCGCCCUGGAGCUGGAGUCACAGCGCUGGGCCCAGGAUGUGGCUCCCCAGAGGUUGGACGGCCACUGCCACAGUGAACUGGCUAUUGACAUCUUCCAGAUCAUCUCCCAGGGCCAGGCUAAGGCUGAGAGCAUCACCCUUGACCUGGGCAUGCAGACAAAGCACGUGCUGCUUGUGGAGCUGGCUUCAUUCCUGAGGAGCUACCAGCACGCCUUUGAUGAAUUUCUGGAGAAGAGCAAACAGCUGAGAAAUUACAGGGCCAAUGUUAUCGCCAACAUCAACACCUGCCUGACCUUCCGGACAUGCAUGGAGCAGAAGUGGCAGAUACCCCAGGACCUCUUGCUGGGUCCCCUGAGUGAGAUCAAGAGCCACGGCUUUGACACCCUGCUCCACAGCCUCUUCAGGGACCUCAAGCCGCUGUUCAAGAGGCUCACACAGACCCGCUGGGCGGCCCCUGCGCAGAUCCUGGAGGAAGUCAUCGCCACCGUGGGCGAGAGGCUGCCUGAGUCCUUGGAGUUGCACAACUGCUUCCGGGAGGAGCUCAUGGAGGCUGUACACCUGCACCUGGUGAAGGAGUACAUCAUCCGUCUCAGCAAGCGGAGCCUGGUCCUCAAGACAGCAGAGCAGCAGCAGCAACUAGCAGCGCACGUCCAGGCCAAUGCCGACCUCAUCCAGCACUUCUGCACUCAGAAUGGCUCCCCGGCAACCUGGCUGCAUCACGCCCUCCCCAAGCUCGCUGAGAUCAUUCGCUUGCAAGACCUCAGUGCCAUCAAGAUCGAGGUGGCCACUUAUGCCACCUGGUACCCUGACUUCAGCAAAGGCCACCUGAACGCCAUCUUGGCCAUCAAGGGGAACCUGUCAAGCAGUGAAGUCAAGAGCGUCCGAAGCAUCCUGGACGUCAGUGUCAACACAGGGACUCGUGAGCCCUUCAAGUCCUUAUUUUCGCUUAUAAAGGUCGGCUAGUCUUUCCUGGGGCCUGACCCCUUAUGAGCGCCCACGAGCAUUGGACACCUGGAAGUAACCACCGCGUGUGCGGGCUGUUCAGCACUGGCUUCAUGGCCCAGAAGGCACGGGCUCCCUGCCUUCUGCUGCUUCGCCCCGCCCUGGCCAAGGUGCAGGGCCCGGGGCAGCCGGAACUGGGCAGGCCCCGGAUGGCCCACAGUCCCGUGGUGGAGGGAGCGCCCCCUGCAGGAGCUGCCGACACGACACCCGAGAAACUGGAAGGAUUGGAGGCCGGCAGCCUGGGCUUGGGGGUCCCAGGUCGCCUGUCCGGGAGGCCCCCGCAGCCUCAGAACCCCCUCAGGCUGGGCCAGAGCGCCUUCCCAGCUCCCCAGGCCUACCCCACCCCGCCGCCUUGGGCCCAGGGCUGCCAGGAGACGGGCUCGGCGAGUCUGUGGAAUCAAAGGCAGAACUAGAAGAAAAGGCCUAGAAAGGCGCGUGUGGGGUCACAUCGCAGUGGGAGGCGGAGCCAGCAUCAGAACCCUUCUGUGUGGCCCCGUGAGCCCCGCACUUCAGACGCUGACCCCUCUCUGCACUCCCUGCAGCGUCCUCUGAGGGCCACGAGCCCCUGGGUCUUCUCGGGUUCAGCUGCCCCCACACAGGUAGCCGCCGGCAUGCCUCCACCAGCCGUCUGCCUGGAAGCUGGACUGAGGUCUGGGCAGGGCACGCCUGGCCUCUGACGUCUUGGCUUCUGUAUUAGUUUCCUAUUGCUGCUGGAACAAAUUUUUACAGAGUAGCUAAAAACAAGAACUUAUCUCUGAGCUCUGGAGGUCAGAUGUCAGACUCUAGUCCCAGGCCAGCAGGUCUGCUCCCUUCUGGAGGCUCUAGAGGCGAAUUUCUUCACAUUGUCCAUUUUUUUGAGGCUGCCCGUAUUUCUUGGCCUGUGGCCCCCUUCCACCUUCAAAACCAGCAGUGGCUAGUCAAAUCCUCUCACGUCACAGACCUCAGAUUGAGGUGUGACCCCUUCUUCCACUUUUAAGGACCUUUUGGCCCAUCUACAUAAUCCCUCUCCUUAUUUUAAGGAUAUAAUCCCAUAAUCCCUCUCCCUAUUUUAAGGUCAUCUGAUAAACAACCUUAACUCCACCUACAAACCUAACACCCCUCUGCCUGGAGCCUGAUGUAGUCACAGGUUCCAGGGGUCAGAACAUGGGCAUCUUGGGGUGGGGGGUGGGGAGUAUUUUGCCCACCACAGCCCUGUCCAUCCUCUUCCCUGCAGGGCACCUUGCCCCCCACCAGGAAAACAUGGGUCCAGCCACCCCCUGGGCAUUGGCCUCCACAGAGACCCCCCCCAGCAUGCAGACCCGGGCCUGACUUGGCCUCAUGCAUCUGGGGGCUAGAUGGAGUUUGAAGCCAGGUCUUGGGUUUGUCCCCCUCUUUCCAGGUACUGUGGCCAGGAGCUGGCCAGUGUGAAUGGUGCACAAAAGCCUCUGUGCAUUUGUAGGAGGUAGUGUGUUUGAUGUUUUUAAUAUUAUUUCUGCUAGUACUUCUUUUGUAUGUGUUUCUCAGGAUGGAAUCUGGGUUUUUAUAGGUUGAUAUAAAGCUGAUUUCAA